CGCUAGAUAUGGAAUUGAUUCUGAUGAAGAUUCAGAUCAAAGUGAAUUUAGUUUCGCAGGGAGCUUAGGACCCAUAUUUCAUAUUGUAGAGCCAAGAUUGUCAAAGCAUUUUAGGUGUGCAACACAUACACUGAAUCUUCUUGCAACAACGGACUUCACAAAAAUUUUAAGUUCGUCGGAUGAAAACAUUCAAAAACUGCACAAAUCAUCAUUUGAACGUUGCACUCAGAUAUGGCACAAAUGUCACAGACCGAAAUCUGCAGAAAUUAUAAGUGCAGUUUUAUCUUCGCAGCUCAUUACUCCGUGUGUUACAAGGUGGAACUCACUGUAUGAUUCGGUUAAGAAAUUACUAGAAUACAAACAUAAGUUAGGGGAACUCUGCUAUCGGCUUGGAGUUCCAUCAUUUCUGGGCUCUGAGAUUGAAUAUUUAGAAGAGUAUUUGAAAGUGCUAAAGCCCAUUGCAGAAGGAAUCGAUUUUUUGCAAGGCGAACAAAAUAUGUUUUUCGGCUACUUUAUACCAACAUUGGUGUCCAUAAAAAUGAAACUUCGUCGGCUGGAAAACGAAAACCUAGCAUUUUUAGAAAGAGUCAAUAUAGAGAUGCAAAAAGCUCUUCACAAGAGAUUUGAAAAAUAUUUUUACCUAAAAGAGGAUUCAUUAGAUGCGGUGAUUGCGGCGAUUGUGAUACCAGAUGUCAAGCUGAGAUUUUUAAAAACCCUCUUAGAGACGGCCAACAACAUUACGGAAGAUGAUAUUAAAACACACUUAAACCACUAUGGGUUAGAAUUUGCCAAACAAUUAGAAAAGACUCCCAAUGCAACUUCCAUUUCCAGCCAAGCUUCAUUUCUAGACUUUGGUGAUGAACCCAUUGUCGAAUGCAUUCAUGAAACGCCACAAUUGGGGAAUGUUUUUCGUGAGACUGGUGCGUACCUCUCGGAUCACGAAACAAGUUUGGAAAUGCUGAAUAGUUAUCCCAUUGUUAAGCAAAUUUUUGUUAAAUACAAUACUGCACUUCCGUCUUCAGCCCCAGUGGAAAGAUUGUUCUCUUUUGCUGGGAUCAUUAAUCGAUCUAGGAGGCAAAACCUGAGCGACAGCAAUUUUGAAAUGCUGGUCUUAAGAAAAGCAAAUAUGACAGAUAUGAACUAAACAAUUUGUAUAUAUAUUAUAAAAAUUUAAAUAAAAUCGUGAAAACAUAUGUUUAAUUUUACGUAAUUCAUCAGCAUUGUUUUACUUUUUUCAAAAAUAUUAAUUUAGUGCAUUUUUUUAAUUACACUAAAUUUAGUGAUAGUGCAAUUAAAAUUGCACUACCACUAAAGUUUAGUGGUAGUGUUAUUAAAAAUUGCACUACCACUAAAGUUUAGUGGUAGUGCAAUUUUUUUUUUAAGUACCACUAAAUGGUUAGUGGUAGUGCAAUUUAAUUUUUCACUACCACUAACCAUUUAGUGGUAGUGAAAAAAACAAUUGCACUACCACUAAGUGAAUAGUUGUAGUGAAAUUGUUAGUGCACUAAAAAUCUAGUGCAUUAUGCCCAU